GGAUUCUAAGGUGGGACGCAGAGAAAGAAGUUACGACUAUCGUCGGUAUGAUUCAUUUCAUUGGAUAUUUUAUUCAACAUGGUUAGUUUGUGCAUGCUUCAGUUUAGUUAAGUUAUUACAGAUGUUCAAUGUAAGGUAAAUAAUUCUAACUGUUUUGUUUUCAAACCGUUUUUAACAAAAUUGAAACUAGUGCUUGAUCGCAUUUGUAUUCUUAUUACUGUGUAUUUGUUUACAGACGGGAGGGUUUUCGUGGUCGGCAUAUAUUCGUUCGACCAGAUACAUGUAUUACGGAUAUGCACCGAAAUGGAAUACGAUCUGUUGGAUCCAUAAUGAAGUGUUUAAGAUGGUCUCAAUACAAUAUUAACUCACAUUGUAAUGUACCACGACAGUCAUCGUUGAUAACUGAUGAAAUUCCGGAAAAUAUUGUUGAAGUGAAUCAGGAGUUGAAUCCGGGAAUCGACACAUCCAAUCAAUUCGAUCUAAGUACUCAACAGAAUGACAGUGCAAAUAACAAUGUUAUUAUCCCAUAAAUCCAUUACUUCCAACUACUUUUGCUAUCAUGCAAUCACAAGUUAUCAAUCAGAUUUUAA